AUGUGCAGGGCGUUCCCGACAACCCUGCGGGGCCCGGCCCGAGCGUGGUACAGCAAUCUGAAGACCGCGACCAUCGCCUCUUUCGACCAGUUGGCCAGGGACUUUGAGCUUAACUUCCUGGCUCAUGCCAAGCCGAAACCGUCGGUGGCGAUGCUCCUCGGGCUCCACCAGAGGGAGGACGAGCCCCUCUCUCACUUUGUGAACCGCUUCACCACACAAAUCCGCGGGUUGUCUGAUGCUCACCCUUCUUUGAUGAUGCAGGCAUUCAUGAUGGGCCUACGCCCUACCCGAUUCUUUUGGUCUCUGGUGGAGCGACCCCCCACUUCGGUUCCCGAAAUGUUGCAGCGUGCGAACCAAUACAUUGCGGCCGAGGCAUGGAUGGUCGGGAAGCGCGACGAGCGCAAAAGGGUCAAGCCAGAACAGUCCCAACAACAACAGCCCGCUACCUCCCGGCGCAGGGCCGGCGGCCUCAACGAUACGGUACCUAGGUCCCCUCCCCCAGGCCUGAACUCCUCUCGGACCGAAAUAUUUCUCCAUAUUAAGGAGAAAGGCCUUCUAAAAGACCCCUACCCGAUGAGGAGCCCGCGCGAACUCGCGGACCGCUCUAAAUACUGCCGUUUCCAUCGACAGCCCGGUCACGACACCGAGGAAUGUCGAGAAUUAAAAAGGCAAAUUGAGGAGCUCAUCCGCCGAGGGCACCUCGGCUCAUACCUCCGACCAGAUAAGGAGCUCUCGCCACGUCCGGAGGGCCCCAUCGAGCGGCACAUAGAUGUCAUAACCGGCGGGCCAGCGUCCGGAGGAAGUUCCAUGGCGGGCGGAAGGGCAUAG